CCCUCCUUCAAUGCCCUGCCCAGGGAGUUUUUUCAUCAUCUACAUCUUCUUGCUGUUCUUGAUUGGGACUCCACUCCUCUUCCUGGAGAUGGCCGUCGGGCAGAGGAUGCAACAGGGCAGCACUGGUGCAUGGAAGAUCGUCGGCCCCUGGGUUGGUGGCGUGGGGUACACCAGCUUCAUGGUGUGCCUCAUUGCCAGCUUGUACUUGAAUGUGUUGAACACCUGGAUCCUCUACUACCUGGCGCAGGCCUUCAAGUAUUCCAUUCCAUGGGAGCAGUGUCCUCUACUGAAGAACUCCAGUGGCUUUGAUCCCGAAUGUCAGCGGACGACGCCCGCUGUGUACUUCUGGUUCCGGACAACCUUGAAGACCUCAGACAGCAUUGAGGAUGGUGGGCCACCAGACUUAAAUAUGACCUUGCCCUUCCUGCUGGCUUGGUGUCUUGUUGGUGCUUUCAUGAUUAAUGGGCUCAAGUCCGUUGGGAAGGUCAUGUAUGUGUUGGUGCCACUGCCCUAUGUAAUCGCGCUCUGCUUCCUCAUCCGGGGAACGCUGCUGGAGGGAGCGGAGUUCGGCCUUGAACAUCUGAAGGUUUUGAAGAUAUCGGCUCUGUACGACGUGGCGGUGUGGUGCUUUGCGGGGGUCCAAGUCUUAUUUAGCUUGGGUCUUGGCUCCAGCCCCAUUGUCUCUCUAGCCUCGCACAUGAACCCGUCCAACAACUGUCUCCACGAUGCCUUCUUCGUGAUGCUGUUCAACCUGGGCUCCACAUUGCUUGCCACACCUUCCAUCUUCUGCCUCCUGGGCUUCUGGGCCACAAUCACCACAUACCGCUGCAGCGAAAAGAACGCAGAAAUGCUUUCUAGUCUGGUAACCCUGGGGAAACUGCCUCCUGAGGCCCAGCCCCCUGAAAACCUGGGGCACAACCCAGGCCUUGUCUUCUUCGCCUGGCUCAGCAGCCUGCCUCCGCCCAUCAGCAGCCUGGUCCUCAGCCACAUUGUUGAGUGUGACUUAGAGAAGCAAUUUUUGAAGGUGAAGGAGGGCUCAAACUUUGCCUUCCUGGCUGUUAUUGAAGCCCUGACAUUCGCUCCUGGCUCUGUCUUCUGGACCAUCCUCCACUUACUGAUGUUGCUGGCCUUUGGGCUGAACAUCAUGCUGGGGACCCUGCAGAGCAUUGUCACUCAGCUCCAGGACAGCUUUUCCCCCUUCAGGAGGCAUCCGAAGUUGUGCACAGGCAUCUACUAUGUCAUACUGCUGAGUGAAUACUGGAUGAUCCUCCCCAUAGUUAUCAUCGUCAUAUUUGAAAAUGUGGCUGUGGCCUGGGCCUACGGAGCCAGGAGGUUCCUUGCAGAUUUGGCGAAUCUGUGGGGCUGCUCCAUCCACCCCAUCUUUCACUGGCUGUGGUUCGCUGUGUGUCCAAUUGUGCUGCUGGUGCUGCUUGUGACCUGUCUGAUCCUUCUGCCUCUGAACAGCAUGAGCUAUUUGGCCUGGGACUCGAGCACUUCAAAAGAGGUGUCUCGGCAAUACCCGAUGUGGUUGCUGUUCGCAAUGAUGUCCCUUUUCCUCGCUGUCAUCCUCCCCAUCCCCAUGCGCUUAGUGUACUGCCUCACCCAUGGCAUUCCCUUCAAGCCCACGAGCUUGGAUGGGCCCGUCAAAGAGGUCCAAAAGGAGCCAAUCCUGCAGGAUGAUAACCAAACCGCUGAUCCACCGGCCGUGUGACUUCCUAGCCUCCUUCAUGUCACCCGACGUCACGCCUCCCUCAAAACAGGCGACCCAGUAUCAACUAGUGGCUGCUGAUGUCCUUGGGCCCAGAACCCCCUUUUAUUCCCAAGGGUAGGGGCAUUAUUUGGGGGGGGCUCUUGGGGUGAUUGCAGCCCCAGUUCAAGACCCCUCUGGUUGCCACCGUCAUUUUCCCUACCCCCUUCCUCAGUGUGUGCACAUGCCACUCACACACACAGUGGGUGACGCCAACCAAACCUGACCAGUGUGGAGCCGGAGGAGUAACGCU